UAUCCGAAGAAAAAUUACUGAAGCCUAUCGCCUUAAUCUAUUGAGCGGGCAAUGUUUCCCACUGAGUGCUUGGGGCUGACCCGGUGGGAGCAGCUAGGAUAAAGACAUCUAGGGUGGGGAACUGGCAAGGAUAGGGCACAGUGGGCCCCCAAGGUGCGUCACAGCACCUGUCCCAGAGCCUGGGCAAAGCUCCCUAGCUUGCCCCCUGGACACACUCUCUGCUCUUGCCUCCUCCCUGGCAGCUCCUCCUCCCCCGUCUCCCCUCUACCAGCGUCCGCGCUCCAGCUCCUCCCCUCCUCUGCGCCUUCUCGCUCCCCUCCCCCUCUGCCGCUGUUCCCUGCCCCCGCCACCGCCGAUCUCCUCCGCAGUCUGGGCCGCUGGGCGCAGAGACUGCCGCAGCGCCGGCGGUCACCGACGCCUCCCCAGACCGGAUACCCAUUGUGUCCUACCCCAUCCCGCUGUCCACUUCCCCACGGCCAUGGCACAGGAAACCGGGAGCAGCUUUCGACUCGGGGGGCCCUGCGGGGAGCCUGCGGAGCGCGGAGGUGAUGCUAGCGAGGAGGACCACCCCCAAGUCUGUACCAAAUGCUGCGCACAAUUCUCUGACCCGACCGAAUUCCUCGCUCACCGGAAUGCAUGUUGUACUGACCCACCCGUAAUGGUGAUAAUUGGGGGCCAGGAGAACCCCAGCAACUCUUCAGCCUCCUCUGCACCCCGGCCAGAGGGCCACAGUAGGCCCCAGGUCAUGGACACAGAGCACAGUAAUGCCCCAGAUUCUGGGUCUUCUGGGCCCCCUGAUCCUACUUGGGGGCCAGAGCGGAGAGGAGAGGAGUCUUCUGGGCAUUUCCUGGUCGCUGCCACAGGUACAGCGACUGGGGGAGGUGGGGGCCUGAUCUUGGCCAGUCCCAAGCUGGGAGCAACCCCAUUACCUCCAGAAUCUACCCCUGCACCCCCUCCUCCACCACCUCCCCCUCCACCUUCAGGUGUAGGCAGUGGCCACUUGAACAUCCCUUUGAUCUUGGAAGAGCUGCGGGUGCUACAGCAGCGCCAGAUCCAUCAGAUGCAGAUGACGGAACAAAUCUGCCGCCAGGUGCUGCUGCUUGGCUCCUUAGGGCAGACGGUGGGUGCCCCUACCAGUCCCUCAGAGCUACCUGGGACAGGGACUGCCUCCUCCACCAAGCCCCUACUGCCCCUCUUCAGUCCCAUCAAACCUGUCCAAACUGGCAAGACACUGGCACCUUCUUCCUCCUCUUCCUCCUCUUCAGGGGCAGAACCCCCUAAGCAGGCUUUCUUCCACCUUUACCACCCGCUGGGAUCGCAGCAUCCCUUCUCUGUCGGAGGGGUAGGGCGAAGCCACAAACCUACCCCUGCCCCCUCCCCUGCCCUGUCAGGCAGCACAGAUCAGCUGAUUGCCUCACCUCAUCUGGCAUUCCCAGGCACCACAGGACUCCUGGCAGCUCAGUGUCUUGGGGCAGCAAGGGGUCUUGAGGCUGCGGCCUCCCCAGGGCUCCUGAAGCCAAAGAAUGGAAGUGGUGAGCUGGGCUAUGGGGAAGUAAUCAGUUCCUUGGAAAAGCCUGGUGGAAGGCACAAAUGCCGCUUUUGUGCCAAAGUAUUUGGCAGUGACAGCGCCCUGCAGAUCCAUCUUCGUUCCCACACUGGGGAGAGGCCCUAUAAGUGCAACGUCUGUGGCAAUCGCUUCACUACUCGGGGCAACCUCAAAGUACAUUUCCACCGGCAUCGUGAGAAGUACCCGCACGUGCAAAUGAAUCCACAUCCCGUGCCGGAACACCUAGACUACGUUAUCACCAGCAGUGGGCUGCCUUAUGGAAUGUCUGUGCCGCCAGAAAAAGCAGAAGAGGAGGCAGCCACGCCGGGCGGAGGUGUUGAACGCAAACCUCUAGUGGCCUCCACCACAGCACUCAGUGCCACAGAGAGCCUGACACUGCUGUCCACUGGCACAAGCGCAUCCGUGGCUCCUGGGCUCCCUCCUUUCAACAAGUUUGUGCUCAUGAAAGCCGUGGAGCCCAAGAGUAAAGCUGAUGAAAAUACUCCUCCAGGGAGUGAGGGCUCAGCCAUUACCGGAGUAGCAGACGGUGGCGCAGCAACCCGAAUGCAGCUAAGUAAGCUGGUGACAUCGCUGCCAAGCUGGGCAUUGCUUACUAAUCACCUGAAGUCAGCUGGAAGUUUCCCCUUCCCCUAUGUGCUAGAACCCUUGGGGGCUUCACCUUCUGAGACCUCAAAGUUGCAGCAGCUGGUAGAGAAGAUUGACCGCCAAGGAGCUGUGGCUGUGGCCUCUACUGCCUCAGGAGCUCCGACCACUUCUACCCCUGCACCUUCAUCAUCAUCUUCAGGACCUAACCAGUGUGUCAUCUGUCUCCGGGUGCUGAGCUGUCCCCGGGCUCUACGCCUCCAUUAUGGACAACACGGCGGCGAGCGGCCCUUCAAGUGUAAAGUGUGUGGCAGAGCUUUCUCCACAAGGGGCAAUUUGCGUGCACAUUUUGUGGGUCACAAGACCAGUUCAGCUGCCCGGGCCCAGAACUCCUGCCCCAUCUGCCAGAAGAAAUUCACUAACGCCGUCACUCUGCAGCAACAUGUCCGGAUGCACCUGGGGGGUCAAAUCCCCAACGGUGGUUCCACACUCCCUGAAGGCGGGGGAGCUGCCCAGGAGAGCAGCUCUGAGCAAUCUAUAGCCUCUGGACCAGGGAGCUUCCCCCAGCAGCAACCCCAGCAACCAUCACCGGAAGAGGAGUUGUCUGAGGAAGAGGAAGAGGAUGAGGAAGAAGAGGAAGAUGCGACAGAUGAAGAUUCCCUAGCAGGAAGAGGCUCAGAGAGUGGGGGUGAGAAGGCCAUAUCAGUGCGAGGUGACUCAGAAGAGGUAUCUGGGGCAGAGGAGGAAGUGGGAGCAGUGAGCGCAGCACCCACCGCGGGGAAGGAGAUGGAGAGUAGUGAGAAAGCCACUCAACAAUCCCUGCCACCACCUCCACCUGACAACCUGGAUCACCCCCAGCCCAUGGAGCAGGGAACCAGUGAUGUUUCCGGAGGCAUAGAAGAAGAGGCCAAAUUGGAGGGGACCCCAAGCCCCAUUGCAGCACUCGCCCAAGAAGGGGAGGGCACCAGCACCCCUUUGGUGGAGGAGCCAGGAGAGGGCAGCAGCAGAAAGGCCUGUGAAGUGUGUGGCCAGACCUUUCCUGCCCAGGCAGUCCUGGAGGAGCACCAGAAGAACCAUCCUAAGGAAGGGCCGCUCUUCACUUGUGUGUUCUGCAGGCAGGGCUUCCUUGACCGUCCUACCCUCAAGAAGCACAUGCUGUUGGCUCACCACCAGGCACGUGAAAACCGCCAUCUUUGGAAUGGCAGCUUCGCUCAAAGGGGCAGGCAACGGUCUAUGGAAGACCCAGUGCUACUCCGUGGUGAUCUGGACCUUCUUGAGAAGCUUGUGAGGGGUGGGUUUCUUACUUUUCUGCAACUGGUACACAGUUGUUCCUGUCAGGUGGCCUAUGCAGCAAGCCCUGGAGUUCUAGAUUCUCCUGCGGUACCACUUCGGCCAUAGCACCAUCACUGCUAUUAAGACCAGGAACUGUGCUUGAGAAGGUGACCCCAACAUGAUCCAGAAGGGUAGAGGAGAACAUAGCCUCUCUCCUGUUUCUGCCUCUCAUACCCAGGUGGUGCCUACCAAGCAUACCAGAGAAAAGUAGCAAGUUAUAACUUCUAUCUCCUUCCCCCUACUCCAGAAGGUGCUGCAAAGAAGAAUGAAGGAUUGGGAUGCUUUUUCAGUAUGUCUCUUGACUUGUCACAUUAAGGCAAAGAGGUUGGCUGGUCAAGAUGCAAGGACUCCUUCAACUUCUCAUUUAUCAUCCUAACCAACAAGCAGAUCUCUUGCCAAGAGGCCUCCCAUGGGCUAUAUAAAGUAUAAAAGUUCCUAACUUUAAAGAGCCUUAUUGGUGAGGGUGGUUAGUGAAGUAAUCACAACUGAAGGAGUGUUGCUGAAACAGGGAUUUCUUGGGAACCUAUUUGCUGAAGAAUGGGAUGGGACGUAAGAGAGAGGAGCUUCAGCUCUGGUUGAGUGUGACAUUCAUGAUGUUCCUUUGGGCUAAUGGUGAGGUGGUGUUGCAGCAGCAGCAGGGGUCAGGGGACUUCCUGGCACUAGAGUGCUUUUAGUUUUAGAUGACUCCCGAUUUUAUCCCUUUGCCCCUUGUAUGUCCUUCAUCUUCUCAAAACCCCUUCCCUCCCCAGCUUUGCCUGAUCAUGGACCAGAGCUUAUGUCUUCAUUUUUCUGUAUGCUUCCAAGAGUCCCAGACAUUGAGAGAUGAGCUUCAAGUGGUUCCUCCCUGCUUCUCUGUUGUGUAGUGAGAUGUAGUACUUACUCUUAACAUAGGAUCCUGUGGAACAGGAGUUCUGAGGGGAGACUGAAUUUUGCUGUUAGCUGAUGUCAACGAUGAUUCUAAAGUAGCGACUCCAGAGCUCCUAACAUAGACGUAUGUAAGAGCAGAGUGGGGGAUACACGUAUCUGUCCCUCCGUCA